CGUCUCUUCAAGCCUGUGUUUAAGGACUAACCACUUUGCCCAGAAAUUGAAAAGCCCGCUUACCAAACUGGCCGCAGUUAGCCGGGGAGGCCCCGAUUAAGGAGAGGACAGUGCUCACAAGUCUAGGCAGAGUCUGAUCAGGGAGACCUGGCCUCAUUCUUCAGUGGCUGAGGCACUUCUCAUCUAACCACACCUGGUUCCUAGUGUCCACAAAAUAUGAGGGGCCGCCCCUCUGUGCUGCUGCUAUACCUGGGAUUGGCCACCUGCCUGGACACCUCACCCAGUGGGAAGCAAGGCCGAGAGGUCUUCCUGGACUCCCCAGAGGCGCAGAGCUUCCUGGGCAGCCGUAAGCGUGUUCCAAGAGCCAAUUACUGGGACCUGGAGUUGUUCACGCCAGGGAACUUGGAACGGGAGUGUCAAGAGGAGAUAUGUUCCUGGGAAGAGGCGCGAGAGUACUUUGAGGACAAUAUUCUGACGGAUCGCUUUUGGGAGAGCUACAUCUACAAUGGUAAAGGAGGACGUGGACGAGUGGAUGUCGCAAGCCUGGCUGUGGGGCUGACAGUAGGCAUUGUGCUCAUCAUCCUGGCCGGCCUAGGAGCCUUCUGGUAUCUACAUGGCCGUCGGGGCCGCAGGCAGCAUUCCUGUCCUCAAGAGCCUCCCGACCUACGAGCAGGCGCUGGCUGCCUCAGGGGUGCACGACGCACCUCCGCCCCCCUACACAAGUCUCAGGAGACACAGCUGAAAAGCGGCUUCGGAGCGGAGCAGGGGUUCUCUGAACCGUGCCCCAGAUUCGCACCGGAUUCCGGAAACCCCCAGGCCUCUUAAACUCCGGAGCUGAGCUCGGAGGGGUGAUGGGAGUAGGGGUCGUCCGGCCCGAGGCCUACCCUAGCACACGUGUUUCCGCUGCGUACGGAUACACGCAAGUUCCCAGGCAACGUGUUCCCGCGUCCCGGCCCCUCGCAGGCCUCCACGGUCUUCUGACCUGGGGGUAUCCGCCAGCCCCGCCCCCGGGGUAGGAGUGAGUGAAAACUCGGACCCAGAAGCGCAGUCCGGGUGCGAAGACUCGCAUGUGAGAGGGUGUGACACGGCCAUCGCCCUCAGUGUCACGGACCACGGACACGCAGAGACUCGUUUGUGCACACGCGUGUUUCCCUGCGCUCCCCCUGCGCGCACAGGGGCACUUUGCAAUCCAGGAAAAGAUGGGGGGGGGUGCGUA